AUGGAAGGAAAACUGGAACUUCGCGGCGAAGAAAAUAAAACAGAACGAUUUCCCCAAGAGAACAAGAACACACACUUCCAGAGCCCCCAGGUCCGCAUUCCAGGCGGUCCACGUCGCGAUGGGCUGGAUGGCCUGGAAGACGGGCUGGAAAUCCGUGAGAAAAGCGGACCCAGCUGCCCCCACCCAGCCCGGGGGCCCCGGGCCUUCUGUCCCGCCGGCUCACCUCUAUCCGCGAAGGGCGCUCGGACCCUCGGCAUCUUGGCACCCCUUCCUGCCCUCCCGGUGCCGGGGCUCCGGGAUAGACUCGGCGCUCGGGGCUGGGGACCCUGCCCGGGCCGAGAGUCUCGCUCGGGUUACUGCGGCCACCGCGCUGGGCGCCGGGUUCCUGUCGCGUGUCUCCUAGACCUGCUUCCUCAGCCUCUGCCCCCGCCGGCCCCGGCGCAAACUUUUCCAGCUAACCUCGGGGGCUGGGCCCGCGCCCCGCCUCCCCGCCCGGCCGUCCAGCCCUCAUCUCCCCGCGUCCCAGCCCCUUACUCCCGCCCCCGCAAGACCCUCCUACCCGGACCUCCUUCCCCACCUCCCGGCGCCCCGCCCCACCUCCCGGCCCCGCCGCAUCGCCCCCGCUCCGUGCGGCUCUCCCACCCGCAUCUUUCCCGCUCUGCCCCUCAAGUCCCCACCUUCCCGCUUCCCACGCCCCCACCGUCCUGGGCCCCUCCCCCGUCUCCCCGCCCUCCGCCCUCACCUCCUCUCUUCUCGGCCCCCACCACCUUUGUACUUCUUCCCUCAGCGUUGAGCCCCUAUGUCCCCAUCCCUCCUCCCCUCCCCGCAGCCCCUGCAUCCCACUUUCUCGCUCGCGGCUCCUGCCCUCGCCCCCCAACGCCUUGA